UCACGACUCACGCACGCACGCAUUCCCGUUUGUUUAUAAUUUUUAUCAACUUAUAGAAACGGAUAAAUUUAGAAUUCUCUCAGUUUUAUUAUUAUAAAAUUUUAUUUAGGCCAUCAUGGGAGUAGACGUAGAAAUUAUUACCCCUGGAAACGGCUCGACCUACCCUAAACCCGGCCAAACAGUUGUAGUACAUUACACAGGAACAUUGGAAAAUGGUAAAAAGUUCGACUCGUCUCGAGAUCGCGGCCAACCCUUCAAAUUUACUUUGGGCAAAGGAGAUGUCAUCAAAGGAUGGGACCAAGGUUUAGCAAAGAUGUCGGUUGGAGAGAGAUCUAAACUAACCUGUUCCCCAGACUAUGCUUAUGGAGCCCGAGGCCACCCUGGGGUCAUCCCACCCAACUCCACAUUGAUCUUUGAUGUGGAACUGUUGAGAGUAGAAUAAAUAAGUAGACGGUGUGAGCUUUUAUAGUAUUAGCAUCUCUUGAUCUUUUUAUAUGGUUACAAUUACAAUCAUUGUCAAAUUACGUAUGUAUCAGACUUAUUGUACUUUGUUUUUUAUAUUAUAUUGUAUUAGCUUAUUGUUGCAUUUUCAAUUUAUGUACAAUUUUUACAUGUUUUUUAUACUUUUUUUAAUUAAGUAUUUAUAAAAGUAGAUAGUAUAAUGAUGAGGUAGUCUACAAAGGUUUGUUACUUAACAAAAGAUUAUUGUGUCCUAAUUUAUUGUGAUGAAUUUAAAUAUUUGCCUAAAGAUAUUAUUUGAAUGUUUCUUUCAAUAUUUCUCUUUAACCUUUUAGUACCCAGGGUUAACACAUUAGAUUAGACUCAAUAGAUUUGUGUCCAAUUUCAGUAGGUAAAUAAUGUUCAAGCUGUGAACGUAUUUCUGCUUCUCAUAGUUAAAUUUCCAUGUGUUGCAUCUUGAAAGAUAUAAUAAACAAAGACUUUGUUAACAA